GAAGGAAUGUGAAAUAAGAUGAGAAGUUCCCAGAACUAGUCAGAGUGGGAAUAAUAAUAAUACUAAUACUACUAAUAAUAAAACAAUCCAAUAAAAAUAAACCCACUAGAAUACCUUUCAAGAGGAGAAACAAAAUAGUAGUGAUAUUCUCAUAGAGUGAUAUCAGAGAAAGAAUGAAUAGUGUGAAGUAAGUGAAUAGUGAAUCAGACUCGACGCCGCCCAUUCACACAGUGACGCCCAGAGAGAGGCAGAAAGAGAGAAAGAGAGGAAAGGAGAGGGAGAGAAAGGAUAGAGUGAGUGAGUGGGUGAGUGAGUGAGGAAGGGAGAGAGAGAAAGAGAAGUUCGCGCUCGAGAUAUAGGAUCCUGUUGGGAUUUGAAAAAAAAAAAGAAAAAAAAAACACACAUAGACAAAAAAAACAAACAAACAAAAAAACAACCCAGAGCAUUUUUUUUUUUUUUUUUUUUUUAAACCUCAGUAAGUAGAAACAUAACGGGACUUACACGCGAGCUGUAAGCGCACGCGCUGAAUGCGAGACCAUGACGGCUGCCGUGGAUAUGACGCCGACGUUAACUAUAAUAAAAUCCGAAAGAGCAGACGAUCUGGAAUGUGGGGAUGUUCCUCUGUUGACUCCAGGGAGCAAAGAGAUGAUGUCGCAGGCUCUGAAAGCAACCUUCAGCGGGUUCACCAAGGAGCAGCAGAGACUCGGCAUCCCUAAAGACCCCCGGCAGUGGACAGAAGGCCAUGUGAGAGAAUGGUUGUUGUGGACAGUGAACGAGUUCAGCCUGAAGAACGUGGACUUCUUCAAGUUCUCCAUGAACGGAGCCAGUCUUUGCGCACUGGGCAAGGAUCGCUUUCUGGACCUGGCACCCGACUUCGUAGGGGACAUCCUGUGGGAGCACUUAGAGAUGCUGCAAAAAGAGGAUCCAAAGCAUUUCCCUGUCAACGGCAUAAGCUCAGGUUUCCAGGAAUCUCGCUAUACCUCAGACUACUUUGUCAGUUACGGCAUUGAACACGCUCAGUGCGUUCCGCCUUCGGAGUACUCGGAGCCAGGCUUCAUCACGGAGUCCUACCAGACCCUUCAUCCGAUCAGCUCGGAAGACCUGCUGUCGCUUAAAUACGAGAACGAAUACACCAACGUCAUUCUGCGCGACACGCCACUCAACCCACUUCAGGGCGACUACUUCCCCGUCAAACAGGAAGUGUCACCUGACAACAUGUGCGUGGGUCGGAUCAGCAGAGGUAAACUGGGAGGCCAGGACUCAUUCGAGAGCACUGAGAGCUUCGAUAGCUGUGACCGUCUGACGCAGUCAUGGAGCAGUCAGUCAUCGUUCAACAGUCUGCAGCGUGUCCCCUCCUACGACAGCUUUGACUCAGAGGACUAUCCCACAGCCCUGCAUGGCCACAAACCCAAAGGCACGUUUAAAGACUACGUCCGCGAGCGUGCUGAUCUCAGCAAGGACAAGCCGGUCAUCCCAGCCGCUGCCCUCGCUGGCUACACGGGUAGUGGACCUAUUCAGCUGUGGCAGUUUUUGCUGGAGCUCCUUACAGACAAGUCCUGCCAGUCGUUCAUCAGCUGGACGGGAGACGGCUGGGAGUUCAAACUCUCUGACCCCGACGAGGUGGCACGGAGAUGGGGCAAGAGGAAGAACAAGCCCAAGAUGAAUUACGAAAAGCUGAGCCGUGGUCUGCGCUACUACUACGACAAGAAUAUCAUCCACAAGACAUCAGGCAAGCGCUAUGUCUACCGUUUCGUGUGUGACUUAAAGAGCCUUCUGGGAUACACACCUGAGGAGCUGCACGCCAUGCUGGAUGUCAAACCCGACACGGAUGAAUGAAAGACCAGUCCGGGAGUACCGGGGCCGCGAGACUUUCCUCCCUUAUCCUCACAACAGUGGGUGUUUAUUUUGGAUCCAACCAAGUCCCGUCUUCAUACCUAGUCAUGGUUCCGGUCUUGUUUUGAGCUCAUGACUGCAGCUAUCGCAAAAGGACCCAUUCCAAACCUUACCAAAGUUCAUAGUCUGUAGCGUGUAUCAUAAUUCAGCUCUGAACAGAAAACAGUGAGUUUUCCAGCAGAGCCGCCAUUUUGACCCAGCAGCACCUAAAAACAGACUGCAGUAGAGGGGUGGGACUAGGAAAGAACGAAGGACUCGUUCCUAAAGUGGAUAUUGUGUGGAUGGAAAGUUCCAUAAAUAUGUUGCCAAAGUUACAGAAAAAUGGAACUUUUACAGAAAUAUUUACUAUUAAGUUACUGUUGCCGUCUCAGAGUCCUCAAACGGACCACACGAAAAGAAAGUAUUUUAUUUUUAUUAUCAUUUUUGUUUUCUCUAAUAUGUUUGUGCCAGUAUUACUUUUUUCAUUUGUAAAUGAAGGAUUGAUAAUGCCAAAAAUGUUUUUUUUUUUUUUUUUUAUUUCCCCAUGUGUACAGAGUCAGAGACAUACAAGUCGCAUAACUGAAAACUCAGCAGGCGAGACCAGAGACUGCUAUUUUACUCGCAGUUCAGUUAAAAGAAAAACCUCUCACUGAAACCGAGAACGGGUGACAGACACGACCGAAAGUAGCCGUUUUUCUGCUCGAGGGCGGCAAGCUGUGAACACACCCGCCCUCGACUUAUGAGCAGGAGUCUUAUGCUUCUAAGCGAGCACAUCUUAGGCAGCUGUUAAGCACGGCCCGUCUCAGAUCUCUUUUUUUUUCUAAUCUCUAACGUUACGACAAAGGACUUCAAGCAACUCUUGCCUUAGUUUCAUGUCUAUGUUACCACUCCUGUCACUCUCCCUCACGUCUUGUUUUGUCUACGCCGUCUUUUGAGAGCACAUGUGAUGUAAACACGUCUGUAAUCUUGCUGUCUAUCAUGAGACAGAGUGAAGGGUAUGUAAGUGGAACACAAUAGAAAUGUCAGUUAACUGAUCUAGUCCUCUUUUGUGAGAUGAUUGAUUGCCGGAAACAGGCUUCCCGAUGAGCCGAGACCAAAUUUACUGUAUGUCCUUGUGUCCUUGUGAUUUAGUUAGCGUAUGUGAGGACAAAUAGCUGAAUGUAAUAGAGAUCUUAGCCAUACGUCUGACAGAGUUGUUGAUCACUGAAGUGAAGGUUGUGUGAGUGAUUCGAGCAUGGGAUAGUAUUGGAUAAUGUUUGGAUAGGCAGAAGAAAGUAGGGGUGUAACAGUUUCAGACUGUUUUAAAGAUAGACAUGGAUGUUACGUUCAAGAAAAUGGACGACGAUGCUACCGCAGUCGUUGUAGCGGCAGCUUCGGAUCUAAAUAGCGUUAGCACAAACAUGGGCUGACCUACAACACAACUGAAAUACAGCCAAAAAUAUUAUGCACAGAUAUUGAAUUGAUUUCAGUUACUAGUAUAAGUAAGGAAUAAAACACAAACGGAGGAUGCUGUUAUAAAAGAAAUAAUAAACGUUAAGGUGGUGUGAUAAGGUAGCUGAGUCAUAGCAUUAUUUUUCCAAUAACCUCAUGUCCUGAAGUGUUUUAUUCCUCUUCCAAUACAGUGAUUUGCGAACAAUUGCAGACUUUUUAUUAAUUAAAGAAUGACACUUAUUUUUGUUUAACCCCUUUAAUGUUGAAAUAAAUUUGUUCUGUUUUCAUUCAGCAGCUAGAAUCAUUCCCUCACCAGCCUCGCUCUCCCUUGCGCUCAUUUUUCCACAAAACUAAAGAACUUUGUUCUUUUAAAGAAAAGAAAAAAACCCACGAAGUACAAAGAACUCUUUAAGACGUUUCUUUAAGGCUUUAAGACCUCCUCUGGAGGAAAACCUGCCUGUUACAAAGUGCUAACACUGGAGACUCCUUCCAUAAAUGUUAAAUAAACUUCUCCUUAUGGAAAACAUCACCAUGUAAUGUUUGAAUCAUCAUCUUUAUAUAUGGAGAGUCUUGAAAUGCAAGUCUCCGUGUGUAGAAUCAGAAUUCAACAGCGUCGGAGUAUAAUACAUUAUUUAAGCCUGUUGCUAGCAGGGUGACUCCGGUUCCUGUUGCCUUUUCAGUCGUGGUUUGUGUUCCAAAGGACACGCAGGCCUUGUGGGGAAAAAAAAAAAAAUUCAAACAAAAAAUCGCCGAAGUUACUGUAAGACAUCUCAUUUACACGAUGUUAUUGUUUACAGUGGUAUGCUUGCCGCCUCGAUGGGUUUCAUUUCAGAAUCGUCUAUUUGUACAGAUUGUGUUUCAAAACGCUUUAUUACAAGACCUAGAAUGAACAAAUAAGCCACUGUUGAAGGAGAAAUAACACUGAAAUGCAUGUGAGGUCUCGGAGCUGAAGGAUUCGAUGCGCAUCCACACCGCUGAAGGACCAAACCCACAUUCCAGUCAUCUUUUUUUUUUUUUUUUUUUUAUGUGUUUCCAAUGAAUUGACGUGAUGAUGCUUUUACUGUGGAUUGAAUCGGGUAAUAAAAUAAAAUAAAAUAAGCGGAUUUAAUUACAUUCAAUUAAAAGACGAAUAGUGGGUUGAUGAGAUGUUGUAGGAAGUGACCCUGGAUCUAUAAUGGAAACGGCAUGGAGAUAUGGUUCAUAUGCGCGGUUUUCGAUUUUAAGAGGUGUUACAUGACAAUGUUGUAUUCUUCCUUGUUUCCUUAACUCAUGCUUCAUAAUGUCCAGAAAUGUCACAUGGUAUUAUGUUACUGUCUUAUUCUGCUUGAUGAAUGAAGAGUAGAUAUUGUCUUAAAUGUCAAGUAUAUUCUUUCUAAGAACAAAAAAAAAAUGUUGAACAUAUGUAUCAAAAGCAACUAUUUUGAUUGACAUGUGCGUAAAGUUUGUGAUGAGGUCAAAUCACAAAACCAUUAAUGAGGAAAAUUCAGUUAAAAAAAAAAAAUCAGUUGUUCUUUUGUUUUGUACAAUUUAUAGUGUUUCUGUAUUUUUUUUUGUUAAAUGAAAUUUUUUAAUGUAUUUAGUUCAUAAACAUUUGAAUAUUUUUCAAUAAUUUAUAUUUUAUAAAACUUUGAAAUAUGAGACGCAGACAGCUGGUGCUUUCAUGGAGAAAAAAAAUCGAGGUAGAGCAGGACCAAAUGUAGCGAUUUUUUUUUCUUUCUUUUUUCUUUUCUUUUUUCUUUUUUUUUUUUUUUUUUUA